CAAACUGACGCAGCUUUCAAAAGCUCCUCAAGGCCUCUCGGCUGACUGUGGUUAGUUGGAAGGAACCGUUGCCCAGUGAGAAAGUGAAUCGUUGGAUUCGAUAGACACAAUGAAAACAGAAGAGCUGGUUUCUGUGCUGCACCUUGUUUUUAUUUUGAAAUUGAUAGAUGAAACAACCAGUUUGCGACCGAAGGUGCCUUCUCUACCCAUUCAGGCAGAAGAUGACCCCGUCCAUGGGAAAGGAACUGCAGGCUGCUCUUUCGGUGACAAGCUUUACGCGCUCCGGGAUAUCUGGCACCCUGACUUGGGACAACCCUUUGGAAUCAUGCACUGUGUCGUUUGCCAUUGCGAGCCGCAAAUAAAUCGAAGAGGCAAAGUUAAUGGCAAAGUAAACUGCAGAAAUAUUAAACACGACUGUCCCGAGCUGCCCUGUCGUGCCCCUGUUUUAUUGCCCGGACACUGCUGCAGAACCUGCCCGAAAGACAACGCCAGCAGCUUCAGGAAGAAACCAGAGGAGAUGUUCGAUGGAUUUGAACAUUUUCCUCUUGAAAAAGAGGACAAUCUGCAAAAAAGCCCCAAUGAUCGUUCCUACAUCACCUCUGAGGAUAUUUCAAUGGACGACAGUAGAACAGAUUUUGUAGCCUUGCUCACAACAUCUGGACGAUUGCCAGCAUCCAAAGGAGUGGCUAAGGCUCGACUUACUCUGGUCAGAUCGAACCUCAUCUUCGCCAUUCAUUAUGAAAGACUCAGCCGUCCUAUCAGGGUUAGCUUUCGGGAUCGUGAUGGUAUUGUUUUAUUUGAACAUCCUGUCCACAAGACAUCUUCUCCACAAAACAAUCUGAUCUGUGGCAUGUGGAGGAACGUGCAUAAACCUUACAUCAGGCUCCUCAAAUCUGAUCAGCUCCGUGUUGCACUGAUGACACAACUCCAAUCGGAUGUUAGCAUCCAAGGCAAGAUUGUCAAACACAGAGCACUUUUCGCUGAAACAUUUAGCUCUGUUCUGACUUCAACGAACCUCGAUCACUCAGGUGGGAUUGCCAUGCUGACACUCAGUGACAUUGAGAAUAACUUACACUUCAUCAUCAUGUUUGAGGGUUUGUUGAGGAGGAGUACAAAAGAUCAUAGCAUGGUGCCCGUGCGAGUGCAGCUGCUUUACGGAAACCAACCACUGAGAGAAGUCAGAGCCAACAUAACAACCCGUGACUCUGAUUUUGCUGAAGUGCUGACUGAUCUCAGUGACAAAGAGAUGUUCUUGCUUUCACGUGGCCAGCUAGAAAUUGCCCUAGAGACUGAGGGCAGAAAUCCAGAUCGUAUUUCAGGAUUCAUCACAGGCAAGAAAACAUGUGAUACUAUUCAGAGCGUACUAUCAGGUGGAAAUGCUCUUACACCAACCAAAACUGGUGCUGUUGGCUCAGCAAAAUUUACUUUGCAUGAUAAUGGUACUCUACAAUUCCAGGUACAAGUAGCUGGUACAACCAGUGAAGUCAUAGGACUCACAAUUGAAACUAAACCGCGGCGCAAGAACAAACGCAAUAUUUUGCAUGACAUAACUUCUGACUACAGGAAUAGUUUUGCAACUGGAGUUAGCAAUAGGCUGAAUGCUAGAGACAUACAUAUGCUGUUACAGAAUGAACUUUUUAUCAAUAUUGCGACAAAGGAAUACGAAGAGGGGGAGUUAAGAGGGCAAAUCAAUUCUUUACUCUACAGUGGUCUUCAAGCAAGAUACCAUGAGCUUCCAGUUCCUCUGGCUGGACAAUUUGUGGUGCCCCCUAUAAAGGCUGGCUCGGCAGGACAUGCGUGGGUAUCCUUGGAUGAACAUUGCCACCUGCAUUAUGAGAUAGUUGUGGCAGGGCUCAGCAAAGCUGAAGAUAUUACAAUUAAUGCACAUCUCCAUGGAUUUGCUGAGAUUGGGGAAAUGGAUGAUAACAGUGGGGAGCACAAACGCCUCCUUAAAGGCUUUUAUGGAUCAGAGGCUCAAGGAAUCUUAAAGGAUAUCAGCACUGAGCUUCUAAGACAUCUUAACAGAGGAACUGCAUUUAUACAAGUUAGUACGAAGCUUAAUCCCAAAGGAGAAAUACGAGGCCCGGUGCUGAUUCAAAACGAGUGUGAAUCGAAAGGAUUUGUUAUACCUAAAGAAACUGAUUAUGAAGAAAGCCUCUUUCAGGAAAUUAAACCUGAUCCAGAGGAGUUGAAGAAGGAUCCAAAUUCAUGUUUUUUUGAAGGGCAACAGCGAGCACAUGGGUCUCAAUGGACACCAAACUAUGACCGGAAGUGCUCCAUCUGUAGUUGCCAGAAAAGGACUGUAAUAUGUGACCCUAUCAUAUGUGUUCCUCUGAACUGUUCAGAAAUCAUUCAUGUUGAAGAUAAAUGCUGUCCUGUUUGCAAAGAUAAAGCAGAAACAAAAGAUUUAAAGAAAACAGAAGUUGAGCAGGUUGAAGGUUGCUAUUUUGAUGGGGACAAGAAAUGGCAUCCUGCUGGGACUACCUGGCAUCCAUUUGUACCACCCUUUGGAUAUGUGAAAUGUGCAGUGUGCACUUGUAAGGGGGCUACUGGGGAAGUUCACUGUGAGAAGGUUCAAUGCCCUUAUCUACCGUGUAGCCAACCUGUUAGAAAGAAUGCAUCAGAUUGCUGCAAAGAGUGCCCAGUUACAGAGAUUACCCCUUUUGACCAUACAGACAUGAUGCAGGCUGAUGGUCCCAGGCCCUGCAAAUUUGGGCGUCAUACAUAUACGAACAAUAAUAAAUGGCAUCCUGAAGUUCCUCCGUUUGGGGAAAUGAAAUGCAUUACUUGCUGGUGUGAUGAAGGGUCCACAAAGUGCCAACGAGAGAAGUGUCCAGUACUAACAUGUGAGAACAUUGUAAAGCGACGACACAAGUGUUGUCCAGAGUGUGAAGAUCUGACUUCAUAUUAUGAUGAAGAUGGAGAGAAUUUAAAAAGCCGAAAGAAGGGGAAAAGUAGCUGGGGUUCCAAACCAUAGUCGGACUCAUCUUUUCUGAAUGCAUUGCACACAUCAAUGGACAGAGUAUGCAUGUGAUUAGCAGUACGCUAUGAUGUCUUCUUCAGUUGCUCAAUCUGGGGUUUUGAGAACUUCAUUUGAAAGCCCAAUGAAGAAAAAUGGUUAAUUUAAGCACACUCAGCAGAUUCAGUGUUUGGUGCAGUUAAUCAAAGGAAAACCAAGAUAUUGAACACCAUCAGCAAGUCUGUGAUUUGCUCUUCAUACUGAAUUCAUAAUUGUUUACCUCGUACUCUGGUCCUUGUUUGAAGGAACAUUGUCACAACCUGCAAGAAUCCUAUUAGUUACAUGAAGCUCAGUUUGGAAGAGCUUUCAGAAGUUGCAUGGAUGGGCUAAAGAUGACAUAUCCAUCUCUAAAGCAGCUCAGUGACCCAUGAUCAAUCAUUUGUCCCUCUAUUCAAGUGACAUUGAUAAAUAAGGAAUAGAUUUUUUUGUAUAUUGUUAGCCAUUUUUAUUUUCAAAUGAGAAAACUUUGUGCUUCUCAUCUGUAUGUUAAAUGUUUCUUGAAAUGCAAAUAGACAAUCAUAUUAUUAAAGCCAAGAGAAUCACAUGGGAGUGUGAACUCUAUCCAAUGAGGGAUUUCCUGGGAAGGAGACUCAGAACACAGUGAGUGAAAGAAAGUGAUUUUUUUGUGCUUUUUAACAAUUUGCUGAUAAGUUUCUGUUGCAAAUUCCAAGUGGAGGAAGCUGUUUCAUUCACGUGACUUGAUCUCCAUUACAAUUGAUCCUCUUUGCCUUCACUGUAGAUGAGAUAUGCUUCUGUGAUUGCCAUUUGCGUAUGUGAAAGCCAAGGGAUGAAAGUGUCAGAUAAUUGAUGUGUUAGUUUAUGUGUACGAGGUGAUUCACAUGCGCACCGUCAGCAAGCACCAGCUGCAUUCUUCAUAAAUUCCUCAUAAAGACUUCAUUUGUAAACCUCUGGAAGGAGGCUUUUGUUGAGAGUGUUAAGUCUAACUAUGAAAUAGAUUGAGUGUGGUGAAAAUAAAGAAGGAUUAGUGAGGACUGUGCCUGAGGCCCACCUACUAACAUUCAGUGUAAAUCACAGCAUUAAAAUGGAAGUGUGCCCUCCCUGCCUGUGCUGUAUGUAACUGUAUCAAUGUGAAUAAUGACUGGACACUGCUGUAGGUGAAGCCACGGAAUGUAAAUAAUGUCAGUGCUUCAGUUUUCAUUGUUUUCCUCAAUAUAUUUCUAUUUAAUGAAAGAAUGCCAUGGUGUACUUACUGAUAAAAUAGAAAGCAAAUCACACCUCAGUGCUGGAGUAUAUUU